AUGGCCGUCAGCAGCCAGACGAGUUGUGCUGGCCUCAGAGAAUUGGGCAAUAUAAAGAAAAAGUUUGAAAAGCGUACAUUAUUCUGUCCUCGCCAUGAUGAGGUGCUUCGUUAUUUCUGUGAAAAACCGCAAUGUCAAACAAUAAUAUGCAAAGAUUGUACGAUUGCAGAUUACCGGGAUAUUGGUGGACAUCGAAUAACAAGCGUGGAAAAGAUUGUUACAAAAUAUGAGAACACGUUUCGAGAUGCAAUAAAGAGCGGUAGAACUGAAUUAGACCAGAUCCUUAAAAUAGAAAAUAAGAUUUCUGAGCAAAUUGAUGAGAAUGAAGAAAGACGAGAAGAACUGGAAAAUGAAGUGAAUGCAAUAUACAAUGAAUUAAUAGCACACAUAACAGCUGAACGUGAACGUAUUAAAUUUAAACUGCGAAAGGCUUUUCAAAUGCAAAUUAAUGCCAUCGAGAAAGUACAUUCGCAGAUUAAAACUGAUGCGAAACAACUCAAACAAGCAUGUACACUAAACGAACGUGCAGUCGAUGAAGGCAGUCAACAAGAAUUUAUGUCUGUUAGAAAUGUUUUAUCUGGCAGAUUGGAAGAAUUUACGUCACGUAUUCGUCAAGAACCAAAUAUACCCAAGAUAGAUUUUACAAUCAGAGAAUAA